AUGAAACUCAAUCAUGAUCUGACAGACGACACGGCUUCCUCUUUGCUCAUUGAUGGUAGCAUCAUCACUCAUUAUGAUUCAUGUCUCAGCAGUGAUAGAGACAGCAGCAUAACAGCAAUCACUCUAGACAACUACAAAUGUACAGAUGAUGAUAUGCAUCUGGACCAUGGUAGCUCUGCCAUGGGGUCUUCGCUUAACCUGGUUAACGCCAUUAUGGGCACUGGUAUCAUUGGCCUGCCCUUGGCCUUGCAUCUAUGUGGCUUUUGGGUAGGGCUGCUGUUCAGUGUUUUGAUCGCCUACCUAACAUGCUUUACUAUGCAAAUCACCAUCUUGUGCGGCCUCGCGACACAAACAUUUAGUCUGGUUGCCCUGUGCGAAAAACUGAUAGGUGGUAUUGGUUCGCAUGUAGUAAACUUUAUCAUAUUUUUUCACACAGCAGGAACAGCUGUCUCCUAUUACUUGUUGCUGGGGGAUACACUACCUGGUCUACUGGUGCUUGUGUUCCCAAAUGUUGCCUUUUUUGCAGAUAGAAAAAAUGUCAUUUUAGCAUUUGGAUUGCUAUGUACACUUCCACUCAGCUUAUCUCGCUCAACCGCCAAAUUUGUCAAAUGGUCAGCCAUGUCUGUUUUAUUGCUCAUGUUGAUGUUACUUGGUGUCUUGAUUCGCGUACCGUACUACCUUCCUGCCCAUCAAAACAUCGAAUUGGAAGUCGUCCCUGUUUCUGAAGACAUGUUCAAAGGAUUCGCCAUCAUCAGUUUAUCAUUCGGUUGCGCUCAAAAUCUGUUUGGUGUCUAUACAACAACAAGAAACCAAAAACCUUCCAAGUGGCUACAAGUGUGCUUUAUGACAAUUGCAAUUGCCUUUAUAAUCAAUAUUGUAUUUGCUGUCAUGGCUUACAUGUGCUUUGGUAAGAAUGUACAGGCCAACAUUUUGCUCAAUUUCCCGGAGAACGACCCUGGUAUCCGCUUAGUCAAACUAGCAUUGGGUCUGUUUAUGGUGCUCACCAUACCGCUUUGUAUACAUCCAUGUAGAGAAGCAGUGAUGUUGAUGUUUGGCAUUCAUAUAAACAAUCCCACCAAAAAGCAGCAUUACACUGUUACUGUUGGGGUAUUCCUGGUGGUGUUAUAUUUCGGUGCCACAUUAACAUCACUAGGAAAGGUAUUUGAUGUCAUUGGUGGCUUCUCAACAACAGUAUUGGGAUUUCUGCUACCCGGCUUUGCGUAUGUACGUUUGUUCUCAGGUGACCUAUUCCGAGCUAAUUAUACCAACCGACAUGCAUCAUGGAAGCUCUAUUUCAUCUCUUUGGUUUCAAUUGUGAUUGCUAUUCCUGUCAUGUACUGUUCUGUCAAAGAUGCUCUUUUCAAAUAA